AUGGACAAAACACUAGCAAGAACUGCAUGUGUACUGUAUGGCAAGUACCGCCUCGGUGUUGGACGAAUAGGCACAGGUUACCGGUAUGCACUCGGCCGCAUAUCUUUGGUCACACUCGUCGUCAAGUGCCUCCUUGGUUCGGAUUUUGCCUUCCUUGUUGGAAAACAGGUCCGAUGGCGAGCUUCCAUAUCAGCUCAGAUCCGCUGCGCUGCCCAGUCGAUCGAUAGUAUUGAAUUCGAAACAUGUGAUCGGAUAAGCGAUGCUUCCAACGGCCCGGCUACGGUGUAG